CAAGUCUCUCACCACAAACGAGCUAUCCUAAUCUCUUUUCUCAUCUCCCCCUCUCCUGAUCGGUAUUGCUUCCUGACCAAAAACAUGUAAUACAAAAAGUCCAGGCAAAGGUUAUAUUACCUCCGCUAUCCACUAUCCACUUUUUUUCUUGCCUAGUCUUUCUCUUCUUUUCCCUUUUCCCCUUCUCCCACGAUCGACAACUGACAACUUCAACUUCCCACUACCAACCAUCCUUCUACUCCACCAGUACAACCCCCAUUCCCUGCCCUUGGGGCCUUGCGGCCCCCGUCUCCGAGAACUACUAAUAUCCACAUCAACUUUAACCUCAAUCUGUCAACCCUCGGAGCCUCGUCCGAGUGCCCCAUAUGGACGACUAGUUUCACCCCGUGUCGUGACUACCGCAAAUCCACUGAGGAUGUCGAUAUCCUCUCUCUCUCAUUUCGCCAAUUCCUUCUCUCCUUUCGCCUCUCCCUACGUCACCAGGAUGUCUCGUUCCCAGACGGUCGGCCUCGAUACGCUGGCCGAGGGUUCGCAGUAUGCCCUGGAGCAGCUGCAGCUGUCACGUGAGGCCGGUGGGGUCGCGCCGAAUGACCCCACGGCGUCCUUACGAUCCUCCUCCAAAGAUCUGUCUCUGUAUGGAGAUGAGAAUCAGGGUCAGAAUGACCCCAACCUCCAGAACGCCCUUCGGGCCUCCCUGUCCGCCGGGAAAUCGUCCACCCCACGAGAUCCCUUGGCUGAGGCUCGCUCCGCUAUUCGCAAGAACUCAGCCUCCGCCCCCGUGCGGAGGCGAAUCAGUCGCGCCUGUGACCAGUGUAACCAGUUGCGUACCAAAUGCGACGGUCAGAAUCCAUGUGCCCAUUGUCUUGAGUUUGGAUUAACCUGCGAAUAUGCGCGAGAACGGAAGAAGCGGGGGAAAGCGUCUAAGAAAGAUCUCGCCGUCGCUGCGGGUACCAUCGGCUCCGAUCCCUCGAAUGGCCAGACCCCUCCAGACCACUCGUCGCACGAGGGGCAGGGACGGUAUGAUCCGGCCUUCGACGUCGCCCGCACCCUCUCGGCACCCACGCAAUCGCAAUUGGCCCACGGGGACCUGUCCGGUCCGAUGGUGGGUGUGCAGAAUGCGCAGUCCCAUUCGCAGGCACCCUUGGGACCUAGCAUCGACGCUCUACAGCUGAACCACCUGUCCGCGAUGAGCGACUCGAACCGUCCCCCCCUGUCCGUGCCCGAUCUCCGAUCACUCCAGAUGCUGCAGUCGGCUAGCACCACCACGCGGUCCCCGCCCGCCAGUCAAGGGUUGAACCCCGGCUAUCACGACGGCGCGUACGCGCUGGUGAACCCGCACGAAUCGAAUGCUACCUCCCUCCAGCAGUUCCGACUCGGCGGCCACGCCAGCGACCAGCACCAGCAGGCCCCGUUUAUGGGCCUGUCGCCGCAGGGCCAAUCCCCGAGUUGGCUCCCACUUCCAUCCCCGUCCCCCGCCAACUUCCCCUCGUUCACCAUGCCUCCCUUCCCCACGUUACGCUACCCCGUCCUACAGCCGGUCUUGCCACACAUCGCGUCCAUCAUCCCCCAGUCCUUGGCCUGUGAUCUGCUGGAUGUCUAUUUCUCCAGUUUUUCGCCCUCACACCUGUCGCCUCAGUCCCCCUACGUGGUGGCCUACAUCUUCCGGAAGCAGUCCUUUCUGCACCCCACCGAACCGCGCGCCUGCAGCCCCGCCCUUUUGGCGAGCAUGCUCUGGGUCGCCGCCCAGACUAGCGAGGCCGCGUUCCUGACCUCGCCUCCGUCCGCGCGGGGGCGGGUCUGCCAGAAACUGCUGGAGCUGACGGUCGGCCUGCUGCGCCCACUGAUCCACGGGCCCGCCCCCGGGGAGGCAUCGCCCAACUACGCCGCCAACAUGGUCAUCAACGGUGUGGCUCUCGGCGGCUUUGGGGUGUCGAUGGAUCAGCUAGGCGCCCAGAGCAGCGCCACGGCCGUCGUGGACGACGUCGCCACCUACGUGCACCUGGCCACCGUGGUCUCCGCCAGCGAGUACAAGUCCGCCAGCAUGCGGUGGUGGACGGCCGCGUGGGCCCUCGCCCGCGAGCUGAAACUGGGUCGGGAGCUGCCGCCCAACUCGCCGCCCCCGCCGCCGGCGGAUGGCGACCCGGACGGCGAUCUCGACGCCAAUGACCCGGCGAAGCGCAACCUGCCUUCGCUCUUGACCUCGGUCGGCGGCGGCGGCGGCGGCAGCGGCGGCGGCAAUUCAGCCGUCACCGUGACCGAGGAGCGCCGUGAGGAGCGCCGGCGCCUUUGGUGGCUGCUCUUCGCCACAGACCGUCACCUGGCCCUCUGCUACAACCGGCCCCUCACACUCCUGGACACCGAGUGCUCGGGCUUGCUGCAGCCGAUGAACGACGACCUGUGGCAAACGGGCGACUUCGCGGGCGCCAGCUACCGGUCGGUCGGCCCGCCGCUCGAGUGCUCGGGUCACAGCGUGUUCGGCUACUUCCUGCCGCUCAUGACCAUCCUCGGCGGGAUCGUCGACCUGCACCAGGCCAAGGAGCACCCCCGGUUCGGAUUGGGUUUCCGGACCAGCUCCGAGUGCGAGCGCCAGCUGCUGGAGAUCACCCGGCAGCUAGACACCUACGGGCAGAGCCUGAAAGAGUUCGAUGCCCGCUUCACCAGUAGCCUCGCCCUGGGCACCGUCGAGACUGAGGCCGCGCUGGAGGGCUCGCACCUCGACCAUGUGAGCCCCGAAGGCCGGUCCGGGAGCCACCUGGGGUCCCGCGUGCACGAGUCCAUCGUGCACACCAAGAUGGUGGUCGCCUACGGGACGCACAUCAUGCACGUGCUGUACAUACUCUUAGCCGGCAAGUGGGAUCCCAUCAACCUGCUGGAGGACCACGACCUUUGGAUCUCGUCCGAGUCCUUCAUCUCGGCCAUGAGCCACGCCGUGGGCGCCGCCGAGGCAGCCGCCGACAUUCUGGAAUACGACCCGGAUCUCAGUUUCAUGCCGUUCUUCUUCGGCAUCUACCUGCUGCAGGGCAGCUUUUUGCUGCUGUUGGCGGCCGACAAGCUGCAAGGGGGAGCCAGCCCCAGCGUCGUGCGCGCCUGCGAGACUAUCGUCCGGGCUCACGAGGCAUGCGUUGUGACAUUGAAUACCGAGUAUCAGAGAACCUUCCGCAAGGUCAUGCGGUCAGCGCUCGCGCAGGUGCGCGGACGCGUGCCGGAAGAUUUCGGCGAGCAACAGCAGCGCAGGCGGGAAGUGCUGGCUCUCUACCGCUGGACGGGCGAUGGCAGCGGACUCGCCCUGUGAGGCGAGCCGUGCGAUUGGCGCUUGAAGAUCUAUAUAUGCCUACCUUACCUUACCUAGCGGGAUACUGGCAUUAUGACGAUGUGAUGUGCAUUGAACGACCCAUUUUGAUUGAUCGACCGCGAGGGACUCUACAGCCUGGGGUUGGGGAGUUUUGCGGUGGACCGAUUUUGACUUACCUCUCUUGAUUUGAUUUACCUUUUCUUCUAGCUUUCCUUGCUCGAUUCAUAUCUUAUUCUCAUGGUCCUUUGGCCUGUGGCAUCUUGGAUUGUUCGCUGCGCGGUGCAUUGGUAGCACCUAUGUGGCUGUUGCCACUUUCUGUACAUUAUUUUCUUUUUGUAU